AGACUAUGCCGCCAUUUUUACUAUAGAAAAACGUGCGCUACUCAUUUAAAUAUAUUCAUUUUAAAUGGAUGUAAUUUUGUCAAAAUCUGAAAAGAUUUUUUUAACACAUGGUAUAGAAGAAGGAAUUCGUGAAGAUGGUAGAGCUCCCGAUGACUAUCGAACUAUAGAUCUUGAAUUAAGUGUCGUUCCAAAUGCAAAUGGAUCUUCAAGAAUAAAGUUAGGGAAUUCCGAUGUUCUAGCCGGUGUCAAAUGUGAAAUAGGUGAACCUGACCCAGGAAGACCUAACGAGGGUAAAAUAAUAUUCAAUGUGGAUUGUUCCGCCAACGCGGGUACUGAAUGGGAAGGCAGAGGUGGAGAUGACUUGGAAAUAGAGAUUUCAGAAUUUCUAUCGAAAGCUUACUCAAAUAAAUCUUGUCUUGAUUUGCAAAUAUUAGGUCUAAUUCCAGGAGAGCAGUGUUGGCAUCUCUAUAUUGAUGUUCUUAUUCUUCGCAACGGUGGAAAUAUUUUAGACGCCGUCUCUCUAGCUGUAAAAUCUGCUUUAUAUGAUACAGAAAUACCGAAAGUUCUAAUAAAGAUGAGUGAAAAGGGGCAGUCGGAAGUAGAGCUCACCGAUAACCCAUCUGAUUAUAUAAUCAUGUCAACAGAAAACUGUCCAAUAUUUGUUUCAAUUUGUAAAUUGGGUAAAGGUCACGUCGUCGAUGCGACAGCUAAAGAAAGUGCCUGUACAAUGGCAAAAAUCGUCUCCGCCGUAAGAAAAGAUGGUAUGAUAACUGCAUCUCAGAAAAAAUGUUCCGGUAGUUUACAAGAAAGUAGCGUUCUUGAAAUGUAUGAACAUUGUCGAAAAGUUGGAAUGGAACUAAAUAAAACAUUAAUUUCAAAGCUAUCAGAAGCAAAAAAUGCACCGAUUGUUGGCUUCCUUGCAUAG